AUGACUCCAGGAGUGUUGCUGCUGGGGACCCUGGCGGUCCUGUUCUCCAUAGACGUCCCAUUUUUAGGGGCAAGCGGCACGUUGGCGGAGGGUCAGCUCCUGGAAAAGCUUUUCUCGGGUUACGACAGCUCCGUGAGGCCUGCCCGGGACCCUGGGGACCGUGUACCCGUCAGCAUCGGCCUAACCCUAGCGCAGAUCAUCAGCUUGAACGAGAAGGACGAGGAGCUAAUCACCAAGGUGUAUGUGGACCUGGUAUGGACGGAUUACAGACUAAGCUGGAACCCUGAGGAACAUGAGGGGAUAGACUCGUUAAGGAUUGCAUCGGAUUCCGUGUGGCUCCCGGAUGUAGUGCUCAUGAACAACAAUGAUGGAAACUUCGACGUCGCUCUAAAUAUCCAUGUGUUGGUGACCUCUGAUGGCUCCGUGCGCUGGCUGCCCCCUGCCAUUUACCGCAGCAGCUGUAGUAUCCAGGUCACCUACUUUCCCUUUGACUGGCAGAAUUGCACUAUGGUCUUCAGUUCUUACAGUUAUGACAGCUCUCAGGUCAGCCUGAGCCCAGGGCUUGAUCUGGAUGGACAACAGAGGAGUGAGAUCUACAUCCAUGAGGGAAACUUCAUUGAGAAUGGCCAGUGGGAAAUAAUCCAUAAAUCCUCAAGACUGAAUGGCCCCUCAGGAGAGGGACAAGGAGGGAAGGAAGGAGAGCGCCAGGAUGUCACCUUCUAUCUCAUCAUCCGCCGGAAGCCACUCUUCUACCUGGUCAAUGUCAUAAUUCCCUGCGUUCUGAUCACUCUCCUGGCCAUUUUUGUCUUCUACCUACCCCCGGAUGCUGGGGAGAAGAUGACACUCUCAAUCUUUGCCCUGCUGACCCUGACGGUGUUCCUACUGCUGCUGGCCAGUAAGGUUCCUGAGACAUCCCUGGCUGUCCCCAUCAUUGUCAAGUACCUCAUGUUCACCAUGAUUCUGGUCACCUUCUCAGUCAUACUCAGUGUCAUUGUCCUCAACCUGCAUCAUCGGUCCCCUCAUACCCAUCAAAUGCCCCUCUGGGUUCAUCAGAUCUUCAUCCACAAACUCCCCUGGUACUUGGGUCUGAAGAGGCCCAAGGUGGAGCGAACACGGAAGCCUGAACCUCCAGUCUUGGCGCUCAGGGACUCCCCAGGCAGCGGCUGGGGUCGAGCCACAGAUGAAUAUUUCAUCCGGAAGCCUCCGGGGGAUUUCUCUAAAACCAACAGGUUUCAGCCUGAGCUCUCCCCUCCCGACCUUCGGCGUUUUAUGAACGGGGGUCCGAGCGGGAGUCGGAGGCUGCCCCCAGAACUGCGGGAAGUGGUGAACUCCAUAAGCUACAUCGCUCGCCAAUUGCAGGAGCAAGAGGACUACGAAGACCUGAAGGAGGAUUGGCAAUAUGUGGCUAUGGUGGUGGACCGACUCUUCUUGUGGACCUUCAUCAUUUUCACCAGCGUGGGGACACUUAUAAUCUUCCUGGAUGCCUCCUACCACCUGCCGCCUUCCGACCCCUUCCCCUAGAGUGACGUCCGAGCCCCAAGUGUGGAAUAUUGGAAUGUGUGGUGUGGAAUAUUCCGCGGGAGCCCCGUGCCUGGAUCGUCUUCCUUCCCCCCGAUUUGCUCGUCGUGAUCCAGACU